AUGAGGCAGUCGACGCCCGUAUACUGGGUUGUCCAGGCUUGUCUACUAUGGCUGGCAUUCGUAGCGGCGUCGCCGACAGCCAUUGUUCCUAACACAUUGAUUCCCUCUUUGAACUCUCACAAAGAUGUUUCUACGCUUCAAACCCGCGAUACCAAGCCAUUUUUGCUUCGGGUUCUGCCAUUUGGCGCUUCCAUUACCAUGGGGUACAAAUCACAAGAUCGCAAUGGAUAUCGAAAAUGGCUUCGACAGCAACUGCGCUAUGCCGGGUGGGAUGUUGACAUGAUCGGAACACUGCAAAAUGGCAACAUGCAUGACAAUGACCACGAGGGCCACAUCGGCAUGAGGAUUGAUCAAUUAGCAAAGGUUGCCAAAGACAUCAUCCAACAACAACCUAACCUUAUUCUUAUCAACGCUGGUACGAACGAUGCCUUACAGAAAUAUAAAGUAGAAACUGCAGGCAAGCGGAUGGACUCCCUUUUGACAGACUUCUUCGACGGCAUUCCCGGAACAACCAUCAUUCUGUCCACUCUCAUCUAUAAUGGACAAGAGCCCCAACUGGUGGCAGACAUCAGUGAGCAAUACAAAGAACUUGCCGCAAAACGCCGAGCUCGGAAUGAGAGCCUCGUGUUAGCUGAUAUGGGCACAUUCAUUCGGUGGACCGAGCUCGUGGAUGAUAUUCAUCCAACGGCGACUGGAUAUGAGAGCAUGGCAUCUGUGUGGUGGGCAGCUAUUCAAGAAGCUGAGAAUGAGGGCCUUCUCAAGGCACCUGCAGCCACGUCGACGAGCGCUAAUGCCAUUAACAAUACCCUUGAAAAGACGCUCGAUGAUAGCACCGAUAAUCCGAGCCUCCCUGCAUACACAGCGCCUCCCCAGCCUACAGUGAGCAGUGACUCACCCCGAUCCCAGCAGUGGCAUCUCUGGACAAUAGGGGUCCAGGUGGUUGCUAUGUACGUUGGGAUUUGUAUGAUAUAA